UUUGGCAACACUAAUUUGAUUAAAAUUUGACUUUGACAUAUACUAAUAAAUAAAUAAUAAAACCAAAAAAAUAUCAAAACAAAUUACGUUUUGCUAAGGAAAGAGAUAAGUUAAAGUUUCUUUGCGACAAAUUUUGAUCAAUAACAUAUGUAUAUUUUGAUUACAACAACAAUCGUUUGUGAUUGUUUACCCGAUAGUGAUAAGACAAGUCUUUAAAGUAACCAUAUUGCAUUGCAUAGAUUUGGAUCUCAGUGAAUUUGUGAGAAAUGGGUAACUCGGGGCUCAAACAGCACUACGACACAGCAUCAAAAACUGGAGUCUUACAAUUGUCCGACCAUAAGUUAAAAGAGAUUCCAGUAGAGGUAUACAAUUUGUGUGAGAUAUUAAGAAACUUGGAUUUAUCCAAGAAUAAAAUAUCAUGUUUACCUGAAGAAUUGAGUAGAUUUAAACUUUUAAAACAAUUAAAUUUAGAUACAAAUAAGAUAGAGGUGUUACCUGAAGCCAUUAUGAACUUGAGGAAGCUGGAAAUGUUGAAUGUUUCCAAUAAUCUAAUUUCAUCAUUGCCUCAAUCAUUUUCCAACCUAAAUAACCUGAAGCAAGUUUACUUAAAUAAUAAUAGACUGAAACAGUUUCCCACUCAACUACUGGGCCUUACCAACUUGGAAGUGGUGGAACUGUCCAAUAAUAAGAUAAUUGAAAUACCUUUUGGUAUGUCCAAUUUUUAUGCAGCUGAAUUGAAUUUAAGUCAAAAUGAAAUAUCUGUAAUUUCCGAAGACUUGCAUGAAGCACCAAAGUUAAAAAUAUUGAGAUUAGAAGAGAACUGUUUGAGUUUGGAUGCAAUAAAGCCGAGUUUGCUUAGAGAUUCUAAAAUACAUACCAUCAACUUGGAUGGCAAUUUGUUUGAAUCAAAGCAGCUGGCGUCACUGGAAGGGUACAACGAGUACACGGAGAGGUACACAGCCAUGAAGAAAAAAAUGUUUUGAUUUUUAAAACCACUAGAUAAUGUGAAACUAGAUCAAAAAUGUUUUUACACAGUAUUUAUCACUUUGCCAGUUAUUUCUGCAAUUUUACUGAUGUUGUCAUGAUAUUUUGAUAAGAUAAUAUUUUUCAUAUUUUAUUGUAUUAUGGAACACAAUAAAUGUAAACUUUAUUGCACAGAGAUUAUAUUACACUAGCUCUUAUAAACACUAUUUGUUAGUUUCAUUUUCCUUUUUUGUAUGUUGUAGGUAGUACCUUAUGUUACAAUGAUUUGUUACUCUUAAGAUUUUAUCACUGUUAAAUAGUCUCUUUGGGCUUUUAAAAUCAAGAUUUCUUACAAACUAAGUACCUAUAUUAAACAUAUUUAUUUUCAUAUGAAUGCUGUUAUAUAAACUUUUCAAUUAUACGUUUUUUGAACUCAUAA